UGUCCAGGUCCCUACAGCCCUUGUGUCCUCUCUGUCUCACAGAUGGACCUCUGUAGCAGGAGCCAGAGACUGGUUCUCCCAGAAACCCGGUCCAGUGGUGUGAAGAGGACCCAGCCGCGCUGUCUGUCCAGGGUGAAUGGCUGGUCACUGCCCCUCCAUGCCUUCCAAGCAGUGUCCUGCUCCAUCUACCUGAUCUUGUCCUUCAUCACCUUUGGGAUCUUCAUCCCCUUCCUGCCCAGUGGCGGGAAGAGUACCACAUAUGUUGUGACUGGUGGGAUCUUCCUGUUCCACCUUAUCGUCCACUUGAUCACGAUCACCAUUGAUCCAGCUGAUGCCAAUGUCCGACUCAAGAAGAACUAUUCCAAGCCUGUGCCGACCUUCGACCGGUCCAAACACGCACACGUGAUCCAGAACCAGUAUUGCCACCUGUGUGAGGUCACUGUAAGCAAGAAAGCCAAACACUGCAGUGCCUGCAACAAGUGUGUGUCUGGCUUUGAUCACCACUGCAAGUGGCUCAACAACUGUGUGGGCAGCAGGAAUUACUGGUGGUUCUUCUGCUCUGUGGCCUCAGCCUCAGCCGGCCUGCUCUGCGUGAUGGUGAUUCUGCUGUACAUCUUCAUCAAGCACUUUACUGACCCCAAGGCACUCCUCACGGACCCCCAGUAUGAAGACAUCAAGGAUGUGGACACAUGGCUGCUGUUCCUGCCGCUGUAUCCUGUGCAGGUGAAGACCCCUGUGGUCCUUUCCAUCCUGAUUGCCAUGCUGCUGCUGGUCCUUGCCAGCUUUGUACUGCUCGGACACCUGCUCAUCUUCCACUUCUACCUGAUGGCCAAGCACCUGAGCACAUUUGACUACAUAAUGCAGGCCCGCUUCCAGCAGAGUGGGAAUGCAGCAGGGAAGAAGGAGCUGUGUCUGCAGAUGGAGAGAAGCCUUUCUCAGGUGUGUCUGUGCCCCUUCUCAUUGCUAAUCCAGGUUGGAGACAAGGUGCAAGUCACCAUGAGGGACUCAGACAUGGCACUGUGCCCCAACGUUUGUACUGAUCAGGACUCCCUGCACCAUCUUCAGUGCCCCUUCGUCUCUCAGAAGUGUCUCAUCUGCUAUGACUCCUGCCCUGAAGCCCAGAAGCAGCCCACAGCAUUUGGAACCCAGCCAAGUCCUCCUGGGCUCCAGCUGACACCAGGGAAGGACGCUUGCAGUUCAGCCAUGGACACCUCCAUGGAGAAGUCCACCUGCACAGAGUGGCUGCACAGAACCCUGAUCCAGCCCAGCUUUGGAGAAAAAGAGCAGUCAGAGCUCACCACCGCCUUCACCACGAAGUGUCUCAUCUGCUAUGACUCCUGCCCUGAAGCCCAGAAGCAGCCCACAGCAUUUGGAACCCAGCCAAGUCCUCCUGGGCUCCAGCUGACACCAGGGAAGGACGCUUGCAGUUCAGCCAUGGACACCUCCAUGGAGAAGUCCACCUGCACAGAGUGGCUGCACAGAACCCUGAUCCAGCCCAGCUUUGGGCGGAAGUUCCGGCCACGCCCCCGCUGGGUGGCGCCGAAGUUCCGCCUUCCUGGGAAGAAGCGGGGAUGGCGCAGGGUUUCCGUGGAAGAGGAUGGGCUCGGGUCUCCGGGAGAGCCGCACCCCAUCCUCAGCCCAAAGAGGCAGUUAGAUUCCUGGACCAGCGAAAGGCAGUUUAGGAGAUGGGUGGUGAUGAGCUCCGUCCCCAAAGUGGGCUCCUUUGCUGAUGUGCUGCCCUACUGCAGCGUCAGUCCUGCCUCCUUCCAUGCGCCUGGUCUGAGCUCCCUCAGUUCCAAGAGCGCCGAUAGCGCUUCACCACCCAGGACAAGCCCGGAUCUGCUGGCCAAGUCCCUCUAA